AGUUUUAUAGGAGGAAGUAAUGUCUCUGCCUGUAAACCUAUACCCGUGGGCAAUGCGAAAGUUUAAACGACUGAAGAGCAAUGAACAUGGCUAAAGAUAUUCUGAUCAGAGCGUUGUUUUUUUCGUUUGUGAUCUUAUAUUCUAAAUGCCAAGUGGAAUACAGAAAAGGGGUAAAAAUCGAGACAAUAGUUCCCCCUUCUCCCGGUUGCUAUGGAGUCAACUAUGGCGAUUUUUACCUUGUACAUGACAACAUGACUCUGGAAGACGGGACUCGGUUACACAGUACAUUCUGGUUAGAUGGCCGGCAUGUUCCGGGUAGAUGGUAUUUUGGGGAGCAGAUGAACGGUAUUAACAUAGGCUUACGUGGGUCGUGCAGGGGAGAGAAGCGAAACCUGACGAUACCCCCUCAUCUUAUGUACGGCAGUGAAAAUAAAACCAUCAAUCUCAUUCAAAUAGUACCUGCUAACUCCACAAUUCUCUACCAAGCCGAAAUGCUGGACGUUGUUCCUAAGGCAGAAAAAACACUUCUAAUGGACUUCAUUUCGGCGGAUUGGAACGCUGAUUGGUUCGUGGACUCCUCAGAGAUUGAUCGUGUGCUAACGAGAGAAAAGCACCUCCGGCGGAUGCUGCGGAUAGCGCUUGGAAUGGACAACAUGGUAGAAUUAGCCGUCGAGUGGUUUGACAGAAAUGGCGAUGGUGUGCUGGACAGACUGGAAUAUUUUGAAAUGUCGAGAACGAUCGGCCUGGAACAGCUGAGGAAGGAAGUUGAAUCAAAAUCUAAGGACGAAAUUAGCACUUCAAACUCCGAUAUAGACGUUCAUUCUUCUAAUAGUCCGAAAGAUGAAUUGAGUACACAAAGCACAAAGAAAAUGGUUCCAAAAUGUACCGCAUUCCUCUUACUGCUGACAGUCAAGUGUGCCAUGGUGCUUAGCAAUGACCAGGAAGAUAUCAGCUUUAAGGUGAUCACGCCUCCUGGUGAAUGCGAGCAAAAAGUUGAAGAUGGAAAUAAGGUGUCUGUGCAUUUCAUAGGAUGGUUGAAAGACGGGACAGAAUUCGAAAACACAUACAAGUAUGACACACCAUUUCAUUUUAUCGUGGGAUCUAAAAAGGUCCCUGUGGGUUUGUCUAGAGGAGUGACGGGCAUGUGUAUCGGAGAAAUCCGGGAAAUUGACGUGCCCCCUCACCUUGGAUAUGGCGACGAAGGGAAAGACAAGGUUCCUGGAGACUCCUGGCUACUUUAUGAGGUGGAAGUUGUGGAGGUGUCUGACAAUGAUACCAUCGACGUUUUUGAGACUUUAGAUGAGAAUAAAGAUGAACAUCUUAAUUCAGAGGAGAUGAAAAGAUAUUUCUCUCUGCCUCAAGUUGCUGAAAUGUUUGGUAAAACAUUGCCUGACGAGAGAGGUAUUUCUUUUCUUACACAAACGAUCAUGAACAUCGGUGACAUUGAUGGCAAUGACUUGAUUACCCGUGACGAGUUCUACGCUAUCGAAGAUUUCCAGAAACAACAGCAAAAACAAAAAGAGGAAAAUGAGAUAGAAUUUAGAGAAGAUCUAACUGAUAAAACAACAACAAUAUUUGAUUCCAUUUUCAGUUAUAAUGGAGACCCGAUUUUGUUUUCGAUUGGAUCAGGACAAAUACUCAAGGGUAUAGAACAAGGCGUGGAAGGCAUGUGUGUGGGUGAGAAGAGACGCUUAACCGUGCCCCCCGCGCUGGCAUACGGAUCUAAGGGAACGGGUGAUGUGCCAGGCGGGGCUACCGUUAUUUUCGAUGUUGAAAUGCUGGCUGUUAAGGAUCAGUUUGACGUUAUAGAUCAGUUCCAUAAAUUGGAUGUCAAUAAGGACGGGGCCCUUGACUUCAAAGAGAUAGAAGAAGUGGUAUCCGGAGAACAUUUCCAGAAAAUGAUGCCAUUGAAAAUUGAUGAUAGUACGCGCUUCGUGAUGAUACAAACGCUGUUUUCCAUGGCGGAUAAAAAUCGUGACGGUCUUUUGGACCCCUCAGAAUUCACACACCUGUCCAAGGUGGGAGCCAACGCCAUGAAGAAGAAAACAGGCUCAGACGAACUGUAGAAAAUGUGCUGUUUGACUUACGUUAAUACCUGUAUUUGUUAUUUUCAAUACAUCUUUAGUUUAGGUUA